AUGAACAAAGAGACUGCCACAUCUGAGGCUGCAGUGAAUGAACUUGCUGACAAUGAAACAGUUAUGAAAAAAAAACUAUUUCUAAGGGACGUGCUCUCUAUUCCUUCUCUGUACAUUGGACCAACGAUCUGUUUUAAAAAGGUCAAGUGGGUGUAUGAGGAGGAUAUGGGAAUUAUCCAGAGAGAGGUCAUUUACACACCUGGGUUGUGGAAAAUUUUUGAUGAAAUUCUGAUUAACGCUGUAAAGAACAAAGAUUGCGACCCUGAGAUGGACACCAUAAAGAUUGACAUUGAUCCGAUUAAAAAAGUUAUCAAAUUCUAUUACAAUGGCAAGGGCAUUCCUAUUAUCGUUCACAGAAAACAGCGCGAAUUCAACACAGAAUUAAUAACGGUACUAACAAGAGAAGCCCUCUUACAACAAGCAGGACUCCAAAAAUCCCAUACUGAAUUAAUUAAAGAAAAAGAGAAAGUAGACAAAAAGUGGAAAGCCGCUGAGGAAAAACUUAUAGAGCAACGAGAUGAUGUCAAUAAAUUAGACCAACUUAAAAAAGAUAACGCCACUAAUUUAAAACUUUUAGACGAUUCCCAGAAUCACGUAGAGACAUUGCAACAGCAACUUAGAGAAGCAGAAAAUUAUAACGCCAACGGCAACCAGACAGUAAAAGACCUUGAAGAAAAGAUUAAAAUCCUUGAAUCUGAUGAAAACACAACUGCAAAAGAUAACGAAUUUCAACUUAAGAAAACAUUAGAUAUAAAAGAGAAACACAUUUCUGUAGUAGAAGCAAAUAGCUUAGAAGCCAAUAAUACACUCGAAUCCGAAAAGGAACAAUUAGAAAAUAAUUUGACCGCAGGUCGAAAACACAUAGAGACCCUCAGCAAUCAAAUCACUGCACUCAAACGUGAAAAGGAAUUAGGAAAACAAUUAAUUACCCAGAUUACCCAAACAAAAGAAAAAAACCAUAAUAAUUACGUUACCGCCACAUUACAAAUUAAAAAAUACGAAGAAGAAAUAAUAGACCUAAAAGACGAUAAAGAACAUCUAGAAAAUAGGAUAUCCAAUCUCGAAGAACGCAAUAAAGACUUAAAAGACAGGGAAAAAGCUUAUCACGAGGCCGAAGAUCAGUACGAAAGGAAUUUUCAGGAGAUCGCAGAAAAAACUUUCGAGACAACAAAAUUUAUAGACGAAUUACAAAGCUUCACAGGACGAGACUCAGUAGAUAAAUCAUUAUUCUCUAUCAUUUAA